AUGCUUUUACUUGUCGUCACUUUGGUAUUCCUUAAAUCAAUCUUUGCAACACCUCCAGCUUGUUUUUUAAGUUGUAUCAAUGAAAUUGCCCAUGAUUGUCCUGAAGACGCUGCAAAUUUAACAUGUAUAUGUAUCAAUGAGGAUUUGAUAAUUGGCUGUCUUGUCGAUAUAUGUCCAUUUGGAACGUUUAUAAGUGCCAGAGACCAUUAUAUAGGAACAUGUUUAGAACACGGUCGUCCUUCCAUUACCAAUCCAAUCCCUCCACCAGCAAUUUGGCCGCCAGAACCAAAAGUUUCUUCCAUUUCCGACACCACUAUGAAAACUGAAUAUACCAGUUCAGCAAUGCAAGUGACACAAACGGUCGAGUUCCCAGCUAGAGUAACCAUAACCCCGUUACCAAGUGAAGUAAUUAACCCUGAACCUGAAAUUGUUGAUGAAUCAGAAGAUGAAUUCUAUAACCCUAAUGAACCAUGUGAAUGGGAAGAAACCGAUGAACUCGAUGAAAAUGGCGCUUUCAUUGUGAUUCGAAGACCAGUUAAUGUACCUAAACGAUAUCGAGACCCAACCAACGUUGGCAAUGUCAGAAGGGUUAUUAUAACACGACCGGUUAAUUAUUAUUCCAAUCAACAUGCAUUUGAUAAAUUUGAUAAUCCUAAACCACGCAAAAUUCAACACGUUAAAAGAAUUAAAAAAAUCCCGAAAAAUAUUUCUAAAAAUGCUAAUAAUUUAAAAAUGGGGUCAUUAAUUUUGAAUCAAAAAAUCAAGCCCAAAAAGAACAAACUUGAAGAAAUUCCAUAA